GAAAUUUUUUUUAAAUAUUAUAUAGGAGAAUUUGCUGAUGGUUUAAGGUAUUCGUAUUCGGUUAGAUAUGGAAAUCUGUUUAAGGAUAGGAGAAUUUAAUUGGACUCUGUUUUCGUUUGUUGUUCUGUGCAGCCCAAUAGGUGUAUAUACAGUGUGAGGCGGCAACAGAAUAUGCCCAUGCAUGAAAGGAUCAUCCCGUAUUUAGAGCGGGCUGGAUUGUACCAUUUGGCUAGGCUAAAUAGCCAAUGGUUCUGGUUGGAUGAGCCACUCGUUAGUGCGUUCGUUGAGAGGUGGCGUCCUGAGACGCAUACGUUCCACAUGCCUUUCGGAGAAUGCACAGUGACAUUGCAGGAUGUGGCAUUUCAGCUAGGGCUUCCUGUGGAUGGGGAGGCUGUGAGUGGUUGCCUUGGUGAGUUUGAGACAUACAUGGAGGGUGGCCGACCAGCUUGGGAGUGGUUUGAGGACCUAUUCGGUGAGUGGCCCCCACCGAAUAAGGUCAAGCAGAUGACAGUACACUUUACAUGGUUCCACGAGAGGUUUAGGGUGCUACCAGCAGAUGCGAGUGAGGAGACUGUCCGCAUCUACGCACGGGCCUACAUCAUGAUGUUGUUAUCGACUCAGUUAUUUGGGGACAAGAGUGCGAACCGGGUUCAUAUACGAUGGUUGCCAUUUGUGGCAAACCUUGAUGGCAUGGGGAGGUAUAGCUGGGGUUCGGCCGCUUUGGCGUGGCUGUACCGAUGUAUGUGUCGAGUAGCAAACAGAAAUGUGACUAAUCUUGCGGGCCCGCUCCAGUUACUUCAGAGUUGGAUAUUCUGGCGGUUUCCGUCUCUUAGGCCGGCCGGGUUUGAGGUUUUCUCUUUCCCGCUGGCAUCAAGGUGGUCUGCCUACUUACCUCCUAAUGAUGGAAAGGAGCAGAGGGUCAUUAGGUAUCGGCUUGCAUUGGAUCGACUGACCGCUCGUGAUAUUGUGUGGGAGCCCUACUCCGCGCUUGAUGUACUUGCCGUGGUCCAUCCAGAGAUACUUACAGAGGAGCACAGUCGCAUGUGGCGAGCCGUGACUGCCUUGAUAUACUUUGCGGUCAUCGAGUGGCAUCAGGUUGACAGGGUUGUUCCACAGCUAGGUGGAGUACAACAUAUCCCCGAGGAUGCUUUGAACGUAGACUGGCUGCAUGCUAAGGACGGUAGGGGUGGCGAUAGGUGGUUUCCCCACUACUAUCAGAAAUGGCAUGAGCAUUGGGAGAACCGACUUGAUGCCGUCAUUUCCAUUGAGCGAGUGGCAGAUCCUGGCCCAUCUGCAGAUUACCUAGAUUGGUGGUACCGAGAGGCUCAGCGAUUCCUUAGCCCUGGGGCUGCAUUUGCCGAUCCUAGAGGCACCCAGAUACCUCCGGAGGCAUAUCAGAGAGGAUCCUCCCAGGUUCCACGCAGAUCACAGCUACCUGAUAUGCCGGACAACCGUCGUGUUGAGAGACGCCGUCGUGUUGGUACUAGGGACACCGGUCGAGAGUGGAGGUGGUUACAUGAUGCGAUGCAGGAGGAUGACGCAGGCGGAGAUGCUAGAGCUGAGGUCCAUCACCGUGUUCGUCGGGCUAAUGCCAGACGUGGGAGAACUCCGGAUGAUACACAGCACGCAGGCGGAGUUAGUGGGUUUGCAACGACUGAGGCUGUAGGGGAUACAUUCACUAGCAGAGCUUAUUCUCAGAUGCCGGAGUUCACACCGACCAUGACUAUGGAUUUAGAUGAUCAGCUGGUCAGUCCACGGUUUUAUGCAGACUUUGCUGAGUUGAUUAGGGAUGAUGCUGGCACGUCGAAUGUGCAGUUUGGUGGCCAGUCUUACCAGCAGCAGAUGCCGGAUGUGCAGAUGGAGACCGGAGCUUACUAGCCACAGUUGACAGAGAUGCAUUCCCAGCCACAUGAUUAUCAGGGUCAGUAUGGGGUAGAUCUGAACGUGCCUGCAGGUAGUCCGUUGGAUACUUGGUUCACUAUGGGGGGCACCCCCCAGUCCGCGUUCGGGUUAGACCCUCCACGUGAUGAUGUUGGACAGGAGGCAGCCCGACCGACUCGAGUCAGACGUCCAGCUCGAUGUGGGACAGGAUCUCAUCUCCUUGGUGACUUUCAUGAUGUUGCGAGGGAUGAUCGCGAUGGUUAGCACCAUGUGUUGUUGUUUUUUAUUUCUCGCUAUGUAGUUUAUUUUCUGAUUUA